AUGGCGGAGAAUCUCCACUUCGAUACUCUACAGCUUCAUGCUGGUCAUGAGCCGGACGGCACCACAAACUCCAGAGCUGUUCCAAUUUACGCUACCAGCUCCUAUGUCUUUAAUGACUCCGCUCAUGGCGCCAGGCUCUUUGGUCUCAAGGAGUUUGGAAAUAUCUACAGCCGCAUCAUGAACCCGACGGUGGACGUGUUUGAAAAACGCAUUGCGGCCUUAGAGGGCGGUGUUGCAGCCAUUGCCGCAUCAUCUGGCCAAUCCGCUCAAUUCAUGGCCAUUACGGCCCUCGCGCAUGCAGGUGACAACAUUGUUUCCACGAGCAACUUGUACGGUGGAACCUACAACCAAUUCAAGGUCAUGUUCCCGCGACUUGGAAUUACAACCAAAUUUGUACAGGGUGAUAAGGUUGAAGAUAUUGCGGCUGCAAUUGACGACAAGACCAAGGCCGUCUAUCUUGAGUCAAUUGGAAACCCUCGUUACAAUGUCCCUGAUUUCGAAGCCAUCGCUAAAGUUGCCCAUGAGAAGGGUGUUCCUGUUGUGGUUGACAACACCUUUGGUGCGGGUGGUUACUUUGUUCGUCCUAUUGAUCACGGCGCCGACAUUGUAGUCCACAGUGCAACAAAGUGGAUCGGUGGCCACGGCACCACGAUUGGAGGUGUGGUAGUUGACAGUGGAAAGUUCGACUGGGGCAAAAACGGUGCUCGUUUCCCCCAAUUCAUUGAGCCAUCCGAGGGAUACCAUGGUUUGAAGUUCUGGGAGACUUUCGGACCCAUUGCUUUUGCCAUUCGGGUUCGUGUUGAGAUCUUGCGUGAUGUUGGUUCCGCCUUGAAUCCAUUUGCUGCGCAGCAGCUCAUCCUUGGUCUCGAGACUCUGAGUUUGAGAUGCGAGCGACAUGCAACCAAUACCCUUGCUUUGGCGCAGUGGCUGGAGAAGAAUGAGAACGUGAGCUGGGUCUCAUACCUCGGAUUGGGGACCCAUCCAUCCCACGAGCUCGCAAAGAAGUAUUUGAAGCGUGGCUUUGGCGGCGUGCUGUCGGUUGGCAUCAAGGGUGGUGCUGCUAGCGGUGCACAAGUCGUGGAUAACUUCAAGCUGAUUUCAAACCUUGCCAAUGUUGGUGACUCCAAGACCCUGGCCAUUCAUCCAUGGUCAACCACCCACGAACAACUAUCGGAGCAAGAGCGCAUUGACUCUGGUGUGACUGAGGAUGGAAUUCGCAUCUCGGUUGGCACAGAGUAUAUUGGGGACAUCAUUGCCGACUUUGAGCAGUCAUUCCAGGCAUCAAAGGCUGUGCCGGACCGCACUGCUUGA